GUGAAAGGGCAACCAGGGCUCCGGCUAGCAGCGGCGAUGGCGGCGUCCUUGCGCCAAAUGGUCUUGGGCGCCUGGCGGCAGCCGGACCGACACCUGCUCGCGCUGCAGGUCCCAAACGAUUUCUCAAUUUGGAAUGAAUUAGUCCAAAGGAAGAAAAUAUUCUUUCUACACCGGCAGAAGAAGCUACUGCUGUUAAAAUGUGCAACACGCCAUUCAAGAUGGUGCCUUAUAACUUCACGUACAUUGUAUACAGCUGAAUAUGAUCCCAAUGAAAAGACAUUUGAGAAACUCCUUAUCGCCAACAGAGGAGAGAUUGCAUGCAGGGUGAUUAAAACAUGCAAGAAGAUGGGCAUUAAAACUGUCGCUAUACAUAGCGAUGUUGAUUCCAGUGCUGUUCAUGUGAAAAUGGCGGAUGAGGCUGUCUGUGUUGGCCCAGCUCCCACCAGCAAAAGCUACCUCAACAUGGAUGCCAUCAUGGAAGCCAUUAAGAAAACCAGGGCCCAAGCUGUCCACCCAGGAUAUGGAUUUCUUUCAGAAAACAAAGAAUUUGCCAGGCGUCUGGCAUCAGAAGGUGUCACCUUUAUUGGACCUGACACACAUGCUAUUCAAGCUAUGGGAGACAAGAUUGAAAGCAAAUUAUUAGCCAAGAAUGCAAAGGUCAACACAAUCCCUGGCUUUGAUGGAGUGGUCAAGGAUGCAGAUGAAGCUGUCAGAAUUGCAAGGGAAAUUGGCUACCCUGUCAUGAUCAAGGCCUCAGCAGGUGGUGGUGGGAAAGGCAUGAGAAUCGCUUGGAGUGAUGAACAGACCAGGGAAGGCUUUAGAUUUUCAUCUCAAGAAGCUGCUUCAAGUUUUGGUGAUGAUCGACUAUUGAUAGAAAAGUUUAUUGAUAAUCCUCGCCACAUAGAAAUCCAGGUUUUGGCAGAUAAGCAUGACAAUGCUUUGUGGCUGAAUGAAAGAGAGUGCUCCAUUCAAAGAAGAAAUCAAAAGGUUGUGGAAGAGGCACCAAGCACUUUUCUGGACCCUGAGACACGAAGAGCAAUGGGAGAACAAGCAGUAGCUCUUGCCAAAGCUGUAAAAUAUUCCUCUGCUGGAACUGUAGAAUUCCUUGUGGACACCAAGAAGAAUUUCUACUUUUUGGAAAUGAACACUAGACUUCAGGUUGAACAUCCCAUCACAGAAUGCAUUACUGGCCUGGACCUAGUCCAAGAAAUGAUCCGUGUUGCUAAGGGUUACCCUCUCAGGCACAAACAAGCUGAUAUUCCCAUCAACGGCUGGGCAGUUGAAUGUCGAGUUUAUGCUGAGGAUCCCUACAAAUCUUUUGGUCUGCCAUCUAUUGGUAGAUUGUCUCAGUACCAAGAACCACUACAUGUGUCCAAUGUACGUGUUGACAGUGGCAUACAAGAAGGAAGUGAUAUUAACAUUUAUUAUGAUCCCAUGAUCUCAAAACUAAUUACAUAUGGCUCUGAUAGAGCUGAAGCAUUGCAAAGAAUGGAAGAAGCUUUGGACAAUUAUGUAAUUCGAGGUGUGACUCACAAUAUAGCUUUACUGCGAGAAGUGAUAAUCCAUCCACGCUUUGUUCAGGGAGAUGUCAGCACUAAAUUUCUUCCUGAUGUGUAUCCUGAUGGCUUUAAAGGACACAAAUUGACAGAUCUCGAGAAGAGGGAACUACUGGCAAUAGCAACUUCUUUGUAUGUGGCUGAACAACUGAGAUCACAGCAAUUUCUAGGGUCUCCAAGAAUUUCUCUUGCUAAGCUGGAUCUGAACAAUUGGGAGCUGUCGGUACAGCUAGGAGAUGGAACUUACUCUGUUACAGUUUCAAACGACGGGCCAACAUUCUCUGUGGACGUUGAUGGGAUGAAACUAAAUGUGACCAGUGAGUGGAACCUGGCUUCACCCUUAUCGUCUGUCACCAUUGAUGGCACUCAGAGGACUAUACAGUGCCUCUCUCGAGAUGCAGCUGGAAACAUAAGCAUUCAGUUUCUGGGCACAGUGUACAAGUUACGAAUACUAACCAAGCUUGCUGCAGAGUUGAGUAAAUACAUGCCAGAGAAAGCAGUGGAGGAUACAACCAGUAUUUUGAGAUCACCGAUGCCUGGAACAGUGGUGGCGGUUUCUGUAAAGCCUGGAGACUUGGUGCUUGCUGCCAGAAUGCCAAGAAGUCAUAGAGAAAGAACAUCAUGGGAGGGCAAUGAUACCAAAAUGGACUAAGUUUUUAAAAAAAAAAAAAAAAUUAAGAAAAGUAACACUGAGCAUUAUUUUCAAGCGCUGUCUACAUACCUCAGUGCACAAAAGCAACACGGCUUUAAUGUACUAUGUAAUGUUCUUGCAACCAUAACGAUUACAAGUUGCACGUGUUUGUAUUAAUUUUGAAAGAGUAUAUGCAAUGUUUUGUAUGUUCAAGGUUGCUUGAUUGUUGUUUUUAUUAUUGCAUAGUCUCCCAUUGUCCAUUCUCAGUAUACAUAAAUAUGUGGGGAUGCGAGUCUGGAUAUUAUGGGAAUAUUGAGCGAAAUUUACCAGCCUCCCUCUCUCUCUCAGACUCAGAAAGGAGACAGGAUUAAAAUCGGAUUCUAACUGCGCUUUUAAUCAAAUCGGAGAUGCUUUUUGCUUGUGGAUGUUACUGGGUUUUUCUUCAGAUCUAAAAGCCUUAAAAAUGUGUUGCAUUCAAACACCUGUGUUCUAAAUACAAUGGUAUUAAAAAUGUAAUUGAAGGAUUUUCACUUUUGUAGACAAAUCAGCAGGGUUGAUAUUGAUCCAUCUUUUUAGGGAGCCACAGUGCACCAGAAGGUGAUACUGUAGAGGGCCCUGUAAGCCCUCAGAGCCUUCUGUCUAAUUUGGCAGAAAAACACAGAAUGUAGGACAACAAAAGAACUAUCCUGUUCCAUAAGAAAUCUUCAUCCCACCCACCCCCUUCUCAAAAAAAAAAAAAAGACUUAAUUUUUUCAGCUGCACACAAUGAUUUGGUGCUCACUGUUGCAUUGAACACAGUUGCUGUCAGAACAGGCAGGAAACAGUUUUCUUUUAAUUGCUGAAAUCAUUCGGAAAUGCUUCAUGCACUGCUUCUAUACAGCAGAUGCUGUGCAUUAAUUGGCCUGUGUAGGACUGACCCAGGGUUCCUUGCAGCGGGCCCAAUUUUAGGCAGAGGGUUUAAAUAGCUUAUUUAUUAUUUUGUAUAACCUGGCAUACAUUGUGUGCUUGCACGUGUUGUAUUCAUGGUCGGCAGUUUCUAAUGUCAUGUGGGUUUCAAAACCUGUGUUUCUCUGGUAAUGUACUAGCAGCAGGUAAGCUCUAAAUACCAUCCAUCAGAAGCUAAUUUUUUAUCCAGAUACACCAAUGACUGAUGAACCUGUCUUUUGUAUGAAGGUUUAGCACAGUAGAAAGCCAUAUGCCACUGGCACUGGUUCCUAUGCAUUCUUUACAGUUGCUAGAGAGUAGAUUUAAAAAAAAAAUUCUCCUGCCUUUACAUCCCUUUAGUCUUUUAUUUAUUUAGCAGUUAGCACUUUCUAAAAUAAUUCUAUUUUUUAGCAGCAGAAGGGGAUUUGGGUCUUUUAAAAGCAAUCUGGCUAUUCUCGUUUUCUUUAUCAGAAAUAUUACGGCACACCCUUAAUAGGGAACCUUGUUUUGUUACUCCCCGUCUGUUCAAAACAGACCUUAGCCCAUUAGAAGGUCCUCCCUUGUGUGGGAAGACCACAGCUGUUACUGUAAAUCUCAUCCAGUAACUGUAUCACCCCCAUUUUGUGGUUCUGAAGGAUGAAAUUGAGAAAUGGAAUACUGUGCAGUCAUCCUUUACAUCUCCAAUUUUAGGCCUUUGCACAUCAUUUUCAUGCUUUUAUUCCAAAUCAAACAACAUUAGUGAGGAAAACCACCUUCUGCUAAAUGCCUAGCAUGCAAGGUAGUUGCUACAAUCUUAAUUUUUUUAAAUAGAGAAAUCCAAAAAAGUCAACUCUCCCCCCAAAAUCUUUGCUGUCUCCUCAAGGUUAUUCAUGGGUUGAAAUCCAAAAAGUAGGUAGAUACCUAAGAUGCAGCACAGAGGAAACAAGAGCUGAUUGUGUUUCACAAACACAACUCAAAAAGGGUUCUGUUUCUUUAAAUCUUUGUGAAAGAAGUGGAUCUAACUUCUUAUGAAGGAUAUUGGGGGCUUUAAUCAGAAAUAAGAAGUGGUUUAAAUCAUUAGCACAACAAAGCAAACUAUAAGCUUGAAGAUAAAAGUCUCUGGGGGAAAGAGUCCUCUGAAAAUAAAUGGGACUUGAUAGAUUUCCAUAUCAUUUAUAACUUCCCUUAAUUACACUUGGAAGACUUGCCAGUAAAACUGGAAAAUUGGCAGCCUAUAUCCAUUAUAGUAAUUUUGCCGACCAUGGCAAGCAGCUGGCUUUACUGGAUUUUAUUUCCCAUCACUUACAAUUAAUCAUCAGCUGGAGAUGUCUGAAACUCUUCAAAAUGUAGCAAUGCUGUGUGACAUUCAGGCCUCCUUAAAAUGCUAAAAUCUGCUGAGUAAAUGGGCUGAGUUUUCCUUCAAGCUAACUCAUUUUGGUGCAAGGCAAGCUGCUGCUUAAUGAGUGCCACUUUGAUAAUCGGAUGCGAAUGUGAACCUUGACCCUGUGUCAAAGGAGAGUAUGCAGAAAGCUGGAUGAAAGAUACAAGAUUCAGAUCUACAAACUUUACACCAAUUAGACAUAGAGUGGAGAAAUACAUCAGUGCUGAUUGGGUUUAUCAAAAAGACUUGUGGGACUUGUGACCAUUUCGUAAGCCUAACAUUGAAGACAUCCUGUCACAAUCAUUAAGUCUUUAUCAAAUGAUUCACAAAAGUCUUAGAGACAUGUACUAUACUCACAAAGAUCUCUCAGUAGUAAUGCCCUCAGAUGUCUUUUUAUACCUCUGAAUUUUAAAGAGCCAUCUCUGGGAGUACAAUUAAUCCUUAUGUUCCUCCUGUAUGCAUAAUGAAAAUAGUUCAAGGUUGCUACUUUUCAAGUUCCACUUCCAAUCGUCGUCCUGAAUUAUUUGGUUAGAAAAACACUGAAGACAGUUCUACCUAUUGUCUGUAAUCUGUCUUUAAGAUUGGAUAAAUAAGACCAUGCAAUCCCUAAAUUAUACAGAGAAAGAGUUAAAAUGUGAUUUGCUAUUCCAAAAUUUAAUAUCUGUAUUGUUAGAAGCAGUUGGAUAUUAGGUUCCCUUCUCUUCAAUUCCUUUCAUUUUUGGAUCUGCUUAAAAAUAAAAAUGGAUUUAAAAAAAUAAACCAUUGAAAUAUUCGGAGUUACACUAAAAAUGCAUUCUAGAAACUAAAUCUGACUUGUCCAUUUUCAUAUUCACAUUAAUCCAAGCAAUUUAAAUGUAGAGUUUAUAUAGCAUAAAUCUAUUAAAACAAAAAAUCUUUGUUUCUUUUUAACAAACAGAACAACUUGAUCUGAGCCAGUGCAAACUAAUCAGAAUUUUGGGGUUAUUUAUUUGUUUUGACAAAUUUGGGUCAUCAAUGACCCAUCCCUAUAAAUUUAAAACAUAAGGAUGAUUAUGAAUCAAAAUUGGAUUUAACUGUUUAACAUACAUAGGGAAGAAACAGAACAUGUGAAAAAAGGCAUAAUACUUGAAAGAGCCCAGAUUAAUCCUUAAAUAAGUGAGGAAGGAAGAAGUUGUACACACCACUAAGAUCUUCAUUUACAGACUCCAUAAUACAGACAGGCUAAAGGAUACACACAAUUAUGUAACGACAGAAAUUGGAAAAAGCCCAAAAGAGUGAAAAAGAAAAUAGAGAGAUACAAAUGCCUAAUUUUAGGAUUGUACAAUGAAAGGAAUCAUAAAGAUUUAACAUAAGAACUGUGAUUAAACUUCUGUGCUUAAGUGAUGCUUUCACCAAGUAGUUUUAAACAAAUUGCACAUUAUCAGAAGUACUGUCACAGCAUUUUAACUUUGGGAACCUACAAAAAGCGUGCGCUGUCUUCUAAAUGAAUAAGAAUAUUAGAUGUUGACUAAGUUACUUUUGUGUGUUGGAUUUUUUUAUUUUCUUUAUAAAGACCACCUCCUUUAUUAUCAUCCCUGUAACAUACAUCUAUAUCAAACACAAAAAUACUACAUUGAAUUCGAGGCACCGAACAGACGCCAAGGAAUAUGAUCUGGAGGAUGGCGUGGACUGCGCCCUCAGCAAGUUUGCAGAUUACUCUAAACUGGGAGGAGUGAUAGAUACGCUGGAGGGUUGGGGU